AUGUUCAAAUUCAAUUUUCCCGAUCCUUCCACAAAUGAGGAGGAUGAGGGGACACCAGUUGUAAAAAGUCAGACUGACAAGAACUCUGCCGAAGAAAUGACUCUCUGUGCAGAUCUUAAGAAGUUUGAGGGUGUUACAAAGCACCUGUUCGUCUGUAAUGAACAGACAACGCUUAGGUACCUGGAUUGUCAGGAAGUUGAGGAGCAGCUUUGUGCUGAGAGUUGUGAACUGUCUGCCAUCUCACAGGCUGUCUCCACUCAGUCAGAUCUGCUACCAGGAGUGUAUGAAGGUGGUCUGAAGGUUUGGGAAUGUUCAUUGGAUCUGGUGAAUCACCUGAGCAGUUUAGAGAUUGCAUUUCGAGGACUCAGCGUUUUGGAGCUAGGCUGUGGAGCAGGACUACCCGGUCUGUGCACCCUCACACAACAAGCUAAUGUCACCUUCCAGCAUCUAGGCUGUGGAGCAGGACUACCCAGUCUGUACACCCUCACACAGCAGGCUGUCACCUUCCAGCAUCUAGGCUGUGGAGCAGGACUCCCCGGCCUGUACGCCCUCACACAACAGGCUAAUGUCACCUUCCAGCAUCUAGGCUGUGGAGCAGGACUACCCGGUCUGUACACCCUCACACACCAGGCAAAUGUCACCUUCCAGGACUAUCUGAGUAGUGUGUUACAGAACAAGGAGGUGAUCACAGACUACACGAUGCCUAACUGUUUACUGAACGCCCCUCGGGAUGUUGUGGAGGGCAUGUGUCAUUUCUACUGUGGGGACUGGGGAUCAUUGAGUUCACUGCUAGAAGACAAGGAGGCCAGGUUUGAUAUCAUUCUGACAUCAGAGACAAUAUAUCAACCAACCAACUACAAGAAACUCCAUCACUUAUUUUACAAGUUCAGCACAGAGACUGGAAAAAUAUAUGUGGCAGCUAAGGUGUACUAUUUUGGUGUGGGAGGCGGAGUUGCAGAUUUUGUGAAUUUUGUCAAGAAGCAGAAGGUUUUCAGCGUGGAAUCCACUGUUACACAUAAGACAGGCGGGAUGAAGGCAGCCAAACCGUUUCCAAAGAGGGGAGAGCGGCUAAGUAUGGAAGUAGGCGAGAGUCCAAGGGCCUGUCCGUGAAAAAUGGGUGCUCUUUAGGAAAAGUGUGGUGGGGAGGGGAAUUAAGUGCCUUCAGUUCCCCAGGUAGGAUAUGGUGCGAGACAAGGGUUACAUCUGUGCCGUUCACCAUGUGAACGA